UCUCCAAGCCUCUCAGAAAGGAAAAUGGCGGCUCUCGGACGCGUCUCUCAAAUGUUGCUCAGGUCUUCUUUGAUCAUGACCCGGCGUCAGCUCUCUGCUGCUGUUGCUGCUGGACACGGCGAGCAAGCAGCCAAGACAUGGAAGAUCCUCUCGUUUGUGGUUGCCCUACCUGGUGUUGCGGUGUGCAUGUUGAACAUGUACCUUAAAGAGCAGCAGCAUACCCAUGAACAGCCAGAGUUUGUCCCUUACAGCCACCUUCGCAUCCGCAGCAAGCGUUUCCCUUGGGGAGAUGGCAACAAAUCCCUUUUCCACAAUCCACACGCGAAUGCUCUUCCUAAUGGCUAUGAGGGCCACGAUGAGUAAACUCUUCCUCCAGAUCUCAUAAAUGGCACGGGGACCAUUCCUCCCUCAGCGUUUGUUACUGGACUCUAUUUACAGUUUACGCUUCAUUUUUGUUGUUUUCCUCUGUGCUCUCAACAUGGAGCAUCUGAACCAACAGUUCCUUUACUCUGGACCAUUAAGCAACAUGUCAGACUGAUUCCAAAUUAACAUAUAAAUAAAGUAACUAUUACCUCAA